UUUUAUAAUAUUAUAGAAUAACAGAAUAAUUUAUGGGUAGCGUGAUAGACUUUGUGUCAGUCAUACCGUUCUGGGCUCGGUCUCGUAGAUGCUUGCCCGAAUUAGCAAAGCAAUUAUGCUAAUCAUACCGCAAGAAAAAAUAGAUAAAUUACACACUCGUAUAAUUAAAUAUCUUUUUUGAGAAUGACUCAUUUCAGCGUUUUAGUAGGCAAUGUCUCCACUUUUAAUGUAUUUAUUUCCUGACGUUAAAAAACAAAUUUUCUUUCAGAUGUACUGUCCAUUUUGUGGAACUGCCGCCAUAAAUUCUGCAGACUUUUGUUGUCAAUGUGGCAGAAACAUAAAAUUUGUCCAAGAUCAUGCAAACAAAGCCCAAGAUGAGAGGAACACUACCACUGCAACUCCCGAUGUUCAACCAAGCACCAGCACAGGUUUCAGUGGACAGAGUUCAAGUGAUGAUGACAGUGUGGUUCAUGUAAGGUUGCCAUCUCAAGAUAGUCCACUAUCUGACACUGUGGUGUGGGAUGGUCCAGAUGAAGCAAGCACUCCAAGACUGGAGAAAAUUUUGAAUGGGCCUUUUGGACACACAGAACAAGGGUCUGAUCAGGAUGGCGGAAACACCAACGUCCAGGAGCAUCCCAUGUCCUCAGAGGGCCAGAACCACUUCUAUCGCAACUACACAAAUGUGUACGCACCAAUAAUUGUUGACAGCGACUCUGAGCCGGAUGAAUAUGUGAUGCAGUUCCCUGAGCAAAGUACAGACAACGUGACUGCUGCAGACAUCAUUUCAGAGCUCUCGGCAAUGAUCACAUCAUCAUCUCUCAGCCGCUUUAACAUAAACAGAGCCAAUGUAUGGGAUGGAGCACUGAGAGGUUUCAAGCGGGCUUCUUUCAACCCUUUCAAUGAAAUAUUUGUAAAAUUCACCGAUGACGAGGGACAGGCAGAAGACGGCGUUGAUAACGGUGGUCCCAAGCGCGAGUUUCUAAGCCUUUUAAUGAACUGCUUAAGGACUCGAAGAGUCUUUGAUGGGCCAGAAGAAAGGAAAUUUAUCACUUUUGACAGUGAAGGUAUUGCCGUUAAGGGCAAUAUUUCAGAGUUUUCUCAUAAGAAUGUGACAGCUGUUGGUGAAUGUGUAAUUAAUGUGAGCAAAAUCUAUACAGCAGCCAAAAAUGAUGAAUAUUUCAUGGUUGGGAGGAUGAUUGCCACUUCUGUCGUUCAUGGAGGUCCAGGUCCUCAAUUCUUAUCUGAGAAGCUCUACCAGCACCUCACAGGAACAUCAACAAAUACAGAAGGAAAGAUAGAAGACAUCACUGACAACACCAUGAGGGCUUCUUUGAUUGAGAUAUCCAGUGCAGGUACAUUGACUGAACUACACCAGUCAGUUGAAAGACAUGCAAGCAUCUUGCAAACUGCUGGUUGCUUGCAGUUCCCUGUGACUGUUGAUGACAAAUUGAAAAUUGUAAAGGAGUUCAUUGAUUGGUACAUCAUUUACCGCAACCAUUUCUCUAUUCAAAGAUUCAAGGAUGGCCUUUCAACACUGAACUUCCAGAAUGCUUUGGAGCAGCAUGCUUCCGUCUUCAGGCCAUUUAUGUGUGCAAGAGUGGAACAGCUGACAUCCAAAAUAUUGGAGGAAAUAUUUGAGGUUCAGCUCAGUGAAAAGGGUAGCAGCAGACGACAUGAGGAAACAAGAGUGCUAGGAUUCUGGAGAGACUUUCUCUUUGACACAGAAGGUGGACUUUAAGAUUUAUUGCUAUAUU